CGAUAACGGUUGGAAUGUUCAAAUCUUCGAUGCUAGUUUUGCUACUUCUGGCCUGGAGUGGAUACUGAGCUAAGAAGGCAACUGAAGAAGGAGCAAAGAAACCAAAAAAAGGUGGUGAAGAGGAGCCUGGCUACGGAAUGACGGUGUUGCAGGAACCUGUCCAGGCUGCUGUCUGGCAUGCUCUGAACCACUACGCCUACCGAGAUGCAGUAUUCCUGGCAGAGAGACUCUAUGCUGAGGUCCAUUCAGAAGAAGCGCUCUUCCUGCUGGCUACGUGCUACUACCGUUCAGGGAAGGCGUAUAAGGCCUACCACCUCCUGAAAGGACACAGCUGCACCACGCCACAAUGCAAAUACCUCCUGGCCAAGUGCUGUGUGGAACUGAACAAGUUGGCAGAGGGAGAGCAAAUCCUGACCGGAGGUGUCCUGAACAAACAGAAGAGCCAAGACGACAUCAUUACUGAGUUUGGAGACUCGGCCUGCUUCACUCUGGCUCUGCUGGGGCAAAUCUACUGCAAAACAGACCGGAUAGCAAAAGGAGCUGAAUGUUACCAAAAAAGCAUGAGCGAGAACCCUUUCUUAUGGUCUCCAUUUGAGUCUCUAUGUCAAAUCGGAGAGCGACCGGAUCCAGAGCAGAUCUUUAGAUUUACCUCCUUGCAGAAUUUCAGUGGAGGCAGUGGAGGAGUCGUACCCCCUCCUCCCAUCAGCCCUGCACACACACCUAGUAACAACAUGGGACACCGACAAGUCGACACCAUCCUAAUGGAGACCCCACAAGACACUUUGGAGCUAAACCGGCUCAAUCUAGAAUCUUCUAACUCAAAGUACUCCCUGAAUACGGACUCCUCUGUGUCCUACAUCGACUCCUCCGUCAUCUCGCCAGACUCUGUGCCACUGGGCACUGGUGGUUCACUAUUAUCCAAACAAGUGCAAAACAAACCCAAGAGUGGCCGAUGUCUGCUGGGGGGCACGGCCACACUUAGCCCCCUCACACCGAGUUUUGGAAUUUUGCCUCUGGAGCCGAGCCCGGGAGACCCAACAUACCUUCAAAAUUACAGUCACAGUGGAAGUGGGAUGGAACCUCCUCCUCCGCCUGGCCCUCCAAAGAAGGCCGUCAGUAGAAUCAGCCAAGUGGGGACGAAGUCAGUGUUUGCACAGAGUGGAAACAGCAGAGAGGUCAUUCCAAACCCUUUCAACCAAACUCAGACCACUGCCCCACAGACCAGUUCUACACCACAAGUGCUGAGCCCAACCAUUGCUGCUCCCCCAAAUGUGCAGCCACGGCGGAGCUCAAGACUCUUCACUAGUGCCAGCUCCACUGCCAAGGAGAACAGCAAGAAGCUGAAAAUGAAGUUCCCCACCAAGAUUCCUAACCGAAAGACCAAAACGAAAACGGGUAAGGGAGGAAUCACCCCAUCUAACCUGAAUGAGAGCAUCGAGAUCCUCAAGCUUGAUUCUUCCAUAGAAGGAAAAGGCAACAUCAGCUCACCGCAGUUCCAGGCUUUUAGUCUACAAAAGGCUGCUGCAGAUGGGCUGAUGACGUUGAUGCGGGAUAUUGGGAGGGGCUAUCUUGCUCUCUGCUCGUACAACUGCAGAGAAGCCAUUAACAUCUUGAGUCAGCUGCCUUCACACCACUACAACACAGGCUGGGUGCUGGGUCAGAUCGGGCGAGCUCACUUUGAAUUGGCUGAAUACAUGCAGGCGGAGAGGAUUUUCUCAGAAGUCCGGCGUAUUGAGAGCUAUCGAGUGGAAGGUAUGGAGAUCUAUUCCACAACGCUCUGGCAUUUACAAAAGGAUGUUGCACUUUCUGCCCUAUCUAAAGAUCUCACUGACAUGGACAAAAACUCACCAGAGCCCUGGUGUGUAGCUGGUAACUGUUUCAGCUUACAGCGGGAACAUGACAUAGCCAUUAAGUUCUUCACAAGGGCCAUCCAGGUGGACCCCAGCUUUGCAUACGCAUACACACUAUUAGGGCAUGAACUAGUUCUCACAGAGGAGCUGGAGAAAGCCCUGGGCUGCUUCCGCAAUGCUAUACGCCUCAAUAAACGUCACUACAAUGCCUGGUACGGUUUGGGAAUGAUUUACUACAAGCAGGAGAAAUUUAACCUAGCCGAAAUUCAUUUCAAGAAGGCUUUGAGCAUCAAUCCUCAGAGUUCUGUGCUGCUUUGUCAUAUUGGAGUGGUUCAACAUGCUUUGAAGAAAUCAGACCAUGCACUUGAGACCCUCAACAGAGCCAUAAGCAUCGACCCCAAGAACCCGCUAUGCAAAUUCCACAGGGCCUCUAUUCUUUUUGCCAAUGAAAAGUACAAGGCGGCUUUGCAGGAGCUUGAAGAGCUGAAACAAAUAGUGCCCAAAGAGUCCCUUGUUUACUUCUUAAUAGGAAAGGUCUAUAAGAAGCUUGGCCAGACUCAUCUGGCGCUAAUGAACUUCUCUUGGGCCAUGGACUUGGACCCUAAAGGGGCCAAUAAUCAGAUCAAAGAGGCCAUAGAUAAGCGAUACCUCCCAGAUGAUGACGAACCUGUCACUCCUGAUGACUAUCCCUACUACUCAACGGAGGUGGAGGAGUCACAAGAGAGCAGUAUGACGGACGCUGAUGACACGCAGCUCCACACCACGGAGAGCGAUGAGGUUCUGUAGCCCCCGACACCACUCUGGACUUUACAAUGCCAAUCUGGGGGCUACUUGAAGACUUCAGCUCUGAAAAAGGAGGAAGAAGAAAAAAAGGAAAACAAACUGCUGCUAAUAACAGUACCUCCUCAUUUCUGUCGUUUUAUUUUCAUCAUUCGUUCUUGCCUUUUUCCAUCCCCUUGUCAUCAUGCCUUCGAGGUCUCUCAUCGGUCUGAUCAUCUGGUCCUGUCUCAUCCCUCAUCGUCACUGGCAGGCAUCCCUUAUCGCAGACUCAAAUUGCCCAGAUUUACCAAUGACGCCACUGUCUUCUCAAAAAGUUAAUUGUCAGUUGAAGACUCAAAAAAGAGCCACAGACAUUCAUGGAUGUUCCUGUCUUAAUGCUUAGGCCUUUUAUGUUAUUUUAUCAGCAUUUACUCUGAAUAAAGACCUGUGUAAGA